GACAUUUACUUUCCUGAUGACACCUCGCGACAUUAUUAUCGAAUUUAUGAUACACCUGAGUCGGAAAUUGGACUUGAUAAGUACGAAACACAACUCUUAAAAUCGACUUUGGAAAAGAAUGAUGUGAAAUUAUUACAUUUUAAUAGUUUAAAUGGGAAAACGCUUCUAGUCCUCGAACAAAAAAAAAAUACCGAGUUUUCAAGACAAUUUUAUCAAGUAAAACAAGAUACGAGCCUACAUCAACGCGAGAAAUGCAACACAUUAGCUGGAAAAUAUCGGUCAACAUCUGUUAAACCAUCGAAGACUGUUGUAUAUCUGGCAACUGAUGAGAAAAAAAUACAUGAACAAUUUGCACCAUUGUUUCUUAAUUUUCCAUGCAAUUUUACUUUGUUAAACUUUGAGACUCAUUCUUCAGCUUUGUUAUUUUCUUCGCGUCUUGCAAUUUGUUGGUGCGAGUGUCUGGACUGCAGGUGUGCUGGUGGUGCCGUUGUAAAACCUGCAUUUAAACCGAAAGAGUAUAGAAAAGUUGAGGACUGCUUGUCUUCAACGAGUGCAGAAAUCAUUUUCCCCUCGGAUUUCAGCUAUGGGACUUGGGAAAGGAUAAGAGUCCAAUACUUACCUGAUGCUGUCGCCUUUCCCACAAGUUUGACACAAGUUCAAGCAUUAGUUCUUUGUGCGAACGCGUUUCAACGUAAACCGGUGCCGAGAAAUGGGGGUCCUAGUUAUGAGAGCUUUUCAUCACGCAAUAAUUCAAUCGUAAUUGAUAUUAGCUAUAUGGUUGAUGUGAUCAUCGACGAGGUUGCAAAGAAGGCUACAGUUGGUGCUGGUAUUCGUCUUGGUCCAUUGUAUCUACAAUUAGAUCGAAAAAAUUUCACGUUUAUUGUGGGUACAUGCCCGACUGUUGGAUUAACGGGUAUUAUAGCUGCGGGGUUAGGUGGAGGAGGAAGAAGUUAUGGAAUUGUUACUCAGUGGACAUUGAGUCUUAUUCCUGCUUGGCAACAAAACACUGUCUUUCAAAUAAAAUAUCCAAUAAAGUCGGCUCAACAAGGACUUAAAUUAUGUGCUUCAGAUCAGCUAAAGACUAUAUUGGACGCGAGUGGACUUCGGAAUCUUGACGGGAAACCAUCAAACGAGAUGUAUAAGGAGACCAAUAAUUUAGUUGGAAUAAUAUCAGAUUAUUCGCCUGGUCCUAAACAACGGCGCGCACUCGAAAAACAAAAGCAAUGUUUUUUAAUGAGUCUUUCACCUUGGAGCAAACCAAAAUUAUUGAAAUCAUGUCUCGGUGAUGAUGCAUACGCUGAAUUUGAUGUUUAUGGUGGGAUAUUCAGCAAACAACCCUCGAAUUUAACUGCUUUUGUGCAUCGAUCAAAUACAAAGAUCGGGGCACAAUUGUGUGUAUUUUUAACUGGUGACACAAAAGAAGGUAAAGAACUAUUGGAUUGGAUCAAGCCUUGGGAUACUAAAGUGAGAACUUUCUCUAAUGGUUUGAGCUAUCAG